CCCCUGCCUCCAUUGUGUGAUGGGCGUGUCGAAGGCUCGGCACGGACGCGCAGAAGCUAACAGGAUCAACAGCUAAGUUAGCUUGUGACCCAGCUAGCAGCUCCUGAAAAUGGCUUCGGCGACAGAACCAGCGAGCUGCUCGGCUGCAGCGCCCGCAGCAGAGUCCAUAGUGCCCGCUUGUAUGUUUGCACCUGAGCUCGGGUGUACGGACGAUCCAGCCGGGGACGAGGGCGUCGAGGACGGCGAGGAGACGAACGGCGAGCCCGAGGAUCACAUAGACCUGAGCAGUAAGCUGGUGCUGGUGAGUCCGACAGGGGAACAGUAUGAUUCAUUACUACGACAUUUGAGGGAGCGGAUAGAUGAAGGCUGCGGGGAGACAAUCUAUGUGGUUGGAAUGGGCUCAGAUGGAGGUGACUAUGGUCUGGAUGAGAAGGACAUGGAGGCGUCGGUGGCCACGGUGAGGUCGCUGUGCGAGCAGAUUGAGGCUGAUCUAAUCCUGCUAAGGGAGAGGAUAGACACCGGUGGACAUAUUCAAGACUACCUCAUCAGACGCCGUGUUGGCGAGCAGGAUUUCCUGGAAGUCAGAGUGGCGGUUGUAGGGAAUGUGGACGCUGGGAAGAGCACUCUGUUGGGGGUUCUGACCCACGGUGAGCUGGACAACGGCAGAGGCUUUGCUCGCCAGAAGCUCUUUAGGCACAAACACGAAAUGGAGAGCGGCAGGACCAGCAGUGUGGGCAACGAUAUCCUGGGUUUUGAUCAGGAGGGACAGGUGGUCAACAAGCCCGACAGCCACGGUGGCAGCCUCGACUGGACCAAGAUCUGUGAGAAAUCCUCCAAGGUCAUCACCUUCAUUGACUUGGCCGGCCACGAGAAGUACCUCAAAACCACCGUCUUUGGCAUGACCGGACACCUGCCUGAUUUCUGCAUGCUCAUGGUUGGCAGUAACGCUGGCAUCGUUGGAAUGACCAAAGAGCACCUGGGUCUGGCACUGGCCCUAAAUGUGCCCGUGUUUGUCGUCGUUACUAAGAUAGACAUGUGUCCGGCCAACAUCUUGCAAGAGACGCUAAAAUUAUUACAGAGGUUAUUAAAGUCUCCGGGCUGCAGGAAAAUCCCAGUGUUGGUCCAGAACAAGGAUGACGUCAUCGUCACGGCCUCAAACUUCAGCUCAGAGAGGAUGUGUCCGAUUUUCCAGAUCUCGAACGUGACGGGGGAGAACAUGGAGCUGCUGAAGAUGUUCUUAAACCUCCUGUCUUCCAGGACCAUCUUCAGCAACGACGAGCCAGCAGAGUUCCAAAUAGACGACACAUACUCAGUACCGGGUGUGGGCACGGUAGUUUCUGGGACUACGUUACGUGGAAUGAUUCGGCUAAACGACACGUUGCUCUUAGGCCCGGACCCGCUCGGCACCUUCAUCCCCAUCACCGUUAAAUCCAUCCACCGCAAAAGGAUGCCGGUGAAAGAGGUCCGCGGUGGACAGACGGCGUCCUUUGCUCUGAAGAAGAUCAAGCGUUCUUCUAUAAGGAAAGGAAUGGUGAUGGUCUCACCGAAGCUGAUGCCUCAGGCCACCUGGGAGUUUGAGGCUGAGAUUUUGGUGCUGCACCACCCGACUACGAUAUCACCGAGAUACCAGGCCAUGGUUCACUGUGGCAGCAUCAGGCAGACAGCCACCAUCCUGACAAUGAACAAAGACUGUCUGAGGACAGGGGACAAGGCCUCAGUUCAUUUCCGCUUCAUUAAGACGCCCGAGUACCUUCACUGUGACCAGAAGCUGGUGUUCAGGGAAGGACGCACCAAAGCUGUGGGCACAAUCAUCAAGCUUCUCCAAUCAGUGAGCACCCAGGCAGCUAAGGCCCAACUGUCCAAGAUGCAGGCCAAAAAAAAAAAUUUUAAAGAGGGCACAGCAGCCAAUGAGGAGGCCGGAUCGUCGGCGCGGCCGCCCAGUCCCAACGCAGCACAUUUACCACUCAAGUCGGGCGGCGGCGGACGCAGGAGAGGAGGUCAGAGACAUCGAGGGAAAGGCCUGAACCCUGCGACGAUCUCCACGGCAGUGACGGCAGGAGCGGCCGGCACGGCCUAAAAAAAAAAAGAAGCACGACCCUUCUUGUCUCCUCAGCUCAUCUCGUUACAGAGAGGAAAAGUGAAUGCAUCGCCCCCUGGUGGUUGUAUACAGACUAACUGCACAUGUUUCUUUCAUAUAAAAAUGAUUAUUCGGCAAUUUUGAAUCCUAACAGAGUGAAUUCUUUUCCACAGAAAGUUGUUUUAUUGACAUAUUUGCUGACGAUGAUCGAGUUUUCUUUAGUUGGGGUGUUUUUUUUUUGAAUUUGUAGGUGACAUUACACAACAUUUGCUUUUGUAACGCAACAGUAACGGAGGUGUUCACCUUGUCUGUGGUUCAUCAGAUCUUAUUUCAUAGCAUUAACAGAUUCUCCCGGUGAGCAGAGGCUUCAGUCACCGAACCUUUUCCAAACCCUCUUCAUCCUCGUUCUGCAUCUUUCUCGCGUUCAACACAACCGAACCUUCAGGAUGCAGCUUCCACAGACGGCGUCGGUGUAGAUCCCGUCACGUCGGUCAUUUAAGGAGGAAGAACAACAGCAUGUUUCCUCUAGAAAAGCUCCCUGUCGGUUAGAUUUUAUGUUGUAAGUGAAAUGGGACUGAUGAGGUUGAACGAGUGUCUGACAGCAGAUAAAUUACGAAUCAGAUGUAGCUGAUGUGUCGGCUCGUCCUUCAGCUGUUGGUCUCCCCUGCUGAUAAUCUUUCGCUGGUGUUACAGAGUUGGCGUUGGGUAAAUUUUGUGGCAGAUUAACAGGGACGUUGCGUUCUUACCUUGGGAUCGUGGCCACUGAUGCACUAGUGUUUACCUGACGUUACUCGUCAUGAAACAUCUCUGCGCAGAUGAAGACAAAACACGGUCUCAUCUAUUUUAUAACUUUGAUACUAAACCAACAUGCCGAAGUUUUAAUGUUCUUGAACUGUUGCUUCUUUUCCUCAAGUUAAAGUCAAGUGUAAAGGAGGAUCUGUCAUGUGUGCAGGUCACGGUGAAGUCACACGCACUCAGUUGUCUGUUUAUUAGGGACACCUAGCCGGAAUUCUACCUACAGGAAGUUUCACAACCUUCUGGAGUGUUUCUAGUGUUUUUUGCUGCAGUUUUAUGUCACUGGCAGGUGUUUCUAUUAUUUUGUCCAACCCGUGUAUAUCACCGAGGAUAGACUAAUCCUCCGUAGUGUCCAAGCAGUUCAGUCUAAAACAGUUUCAACACAUUAUCAUGACGGGAGGUUCACUGCAGGACUGUGAGUUUGAGCUGCGUGUUCCUAAUAAACUGGAAACUGAGUGUCCGAUAAGCCAAACAGGUGUAAGCACAAAGUUAAAGCUAAGCCAAGCAAGAACAUACGUAACUCACCAAAAGAUGAUUCUGCACAAGUGGAUGCAAAAAAACAAAUUAUGACUCUUUUCAAAAAGGAAUUUAUACGAUGUAGGUCGGAAGAUUUUUUUCCAUCUGAUGAGAAACUUUGAAACAGAAACUUUUUGUUAACAGUUUAAAAAAAAACAAAACAAACCGGUGAUCACAUCAGAUUCAGCUCAAACUAAAUCAAGUUUAUUUCCACCAAUAACUUCAAGCUUUUCUUUUCCCACUGGUUUUAUCAAGUUGUUUAAUGAUCCCGUUCACAGUUUUGGAAUUUAACUCAAGUGUUGUUACAGUUUUAGGAUCUUUUUCAACACGCUUACAUUUCGUCUUUGCAGCUUUUAAAUUUCACAUUUUAUGACAGAAUAUUCUCCCUUUUUUGUUUUUUCCUUUUGACUGUUUCCUUUCUUACUGAUCGUGCAUGGAUUUAUUUUGAAGGGACGCAUUUUCUGUGUAUCUAUGUACAAAAAAAGAUGAAAGUUGUGCAGACGAACUAAGAUGGUCGAUGCCAUUUAAAUUAAGUGGUGCCAGUUUGUGUUGUAAAUCCUUUUAAAUAAAGAUGUUACAGAAAAAA